UUUUCAAAGCCUGCUCUUGCAGACGAGCUACAGACUCUCCCUCCCUGAUCCCCAGGCAUUUCCAAAAUGGACCUUUUAAUUUCCUUUCUGAUUGGGAUACAGGUAUUGUGUUCCUUAGCCGGUCAUCCAUUUCGGCCACCAGUGCCACCACCACCCAUUCAGUUACUGUCCCCAGGAUGUAAUAAUUCCAUAGUAAAGACAGCUGCAGAUCAGGCUCUUGACAGGAUCAAUUCCCACCGAAGAGAGGGCUACGUGCUUGGUCUCCAGCGAAUCUUUGAUGCCCGUGAACUUCCACAGGGAGCUGCAGGCUCUGUCUUCUAUCUCACCCUGGAUGUGUUGGAAACCACCUGCCAUGUCCUAAGCAGAAAACUGUGGAAGGAUUGCGAGUUCAGAACGCGUCAUGAGACUGUGUACGGACAGUGCAAAACAGCAGUUUAUGCCAGCAAGAACGGGGACAUUUCUCAUCUGCAUAACUAUGAUUGCGUUUUACGCCCACUUUCAUCAAGUGCUAUUGUAAAAGUAUGUCCUGAUUGCCCAGUUCCCGGGGACCCAAGUGAAGCCAGGUUUCUGGAGACAGCUGCUGAGAGCCUUGUCAAGUUCAACUCAGAAAGCAAUCAUGCUCAUUAUUUUGCCAUCCUCAAUGUCACCAAAGCACGAUCACAGUGGGUGGUUGGUCCUUCAAACUUUGUGGAAUAUGCCAUCCAGGAGACAUCCUGUACCAAAACCAAUCCUGUGCCAGACAUCUCCAAGUGCCCACUCCUCCCACCUGAAAUUGCAGAGACAGGACUGUGUAAAGGCUCUGUGGUAAACAGCCAGAUAGAAAAUCAGAAGUUUGUCACAGUACAAUGUGACCUCUACCCCCCAGAGCCACUUGUCACUGAUGAACAGAAUCCAGAACCUGCACCUACAUCUGGGCAUGAGGGACACCACGGUGAUGAUGAAAGUCAUGAAGAUGAGCAUCACAAGAAAGGAUAUGGACACCGCCAUCACCAUCACCGUCACCGUCACCGCCCCCACCAUCGUGGACAUCACAGACAUCACAGCAAACACUAUGGCCAUCACAGACAUCACGGGAACCACUCACAAGAGCACCCGGCUCCACCAGACAUGAAAGAAACAGUGGGCCGAGUGAUUGUACUUCCUCCUUCAAACACACACGUGUCUCUCCACUCCCUGCCAGAAAUUGAAUCUGAGCAAUUAGAUGGGAAACCUGUCCCUCCUGUAGUGCAGGUGACACCACCAAACACUAAACCCAGCCUCCCUGAUAUACAUGGUUCUCCCAAGGAGGGAGAUACACAAUCGGGGAAGCCAAGCUUGACCAAGCCAGCUAGGCCAGGCAUCCCUCCAUUCCCCGUUGGGUUUUCAGGAUCAGAUACAUGCCCAGGAGACAGCACAGUAACCAUUUUUGGCCUUGAGCUGCCUGGAAGGCCUCUAGUGAAUUUGCCCAAAAAGUCCCAAACUUUGGUUAAUGUAGAGCACUGAAAGGCUAGUCAACAUGUGGUGCUGUACCCUCACUGCAUGAGAGAGGAUUUUUGAAGGAAGGAAAGAAGGAUAUUCUAGUUCUUGGAAUCUCCCACCACAAAAGGUAACAAUCUCCCAUUGGGUUAUGCAGCAUACUAAUUGACACAAAAGGUACCAGGUGUAUCUCUGCAGUACAAACGUUAAUAGUGAUUUCCACGAAUGCUUUACCAAAUGAGUUCCCUCUAGCGCUCUUCAUGUGCUGUUUGGACCAAAGUAGACAUGGCAAUUGUUAUUCAUGUGUCUGCCCUGUUUGUGUAUAAACCAAAGCAUCAUAAGUGAGCUGGAUUGGGAGAAAAGUGCCCGUUGCAACAGAGUGCAGAGAAGUAAGAUGCAGAGAGGUCAGGUUUUAACUCCCCUCACCCUUCUGCACCUUUGAUUGUCAAAAUGACCUCCCUACCCUUCACUCUACAUAAGGACGGACAAAUGUGGCUUCCCACAUCCCAUCUAGUCUGGCCCUUUGAGCGCUCCAAGCCUUGCCAGAUUUUAUCAGGAGCAAAACACUGAAGGGCAAUGGGGAAGCUCAUCAGCCUAGAACUACCAACUUGGCCUGGCAUAAAACAUUAAGUAGAGGGUGCUCAAAAUUCUCCGUGCUCAAGAUCGUCCCAUCUUGAAAUGAGAUUUGCACCCAGCUCCUGCUGAUUCCCAGUCCUCCCUGUCCUGCUUCCCCCCCUCCCGAAGUUUUCAGAGUACAUGUCCAGUGAUGAUCCCCAACAGGAAAUGUCAAUCUGUGCGUCAUUUGCUAUCCUCUCCCACUUCCUCAACGUAAGACAUUUUAUGCUGGGGGAAGGUAGGGAGAGGAGAAAUGGCUGGUAGUGAAGGGGGGAGCCCGGCUAAAUACUUGGGCUUGGGAGCUUUUUAGUGUCCCAGUUGGAACACUGGAAAAGCCCAGAUUGUUCUCAGGGUGAGCUGGAGCUCGACUGUACAUAUUUACAACCAGUAGAAGAGAAUUGUUUCAUGAAUAUAAACAACACGGUGGUUGGAGAAUUCCUUCCUUCCUUCCUUCCUUCCUUCCUUCCUUCCUUUGUUCACCCAAGAACUCCUCCUCCUUGUGAAUGUGAGAAUAGCAACUAUUUUCUGUACUGGAAGGAACUUUACAAACAUUCAAUAAAAAAGUGAUGUGA